UUAGGUUGAAGCGCCGUCUCUGGUGCUUCGUCGGUGAGGUUUGUGAAAGUUGCUGAGCUGAGGACCGUAAAAGCAGUUACGGGGCGUUCUUAGUGACAGCUUCUCGCCAGUGUUGGUGGGAGCUCAGAGCCUGUUAGAAUGAGAGCUGUGUGCUUUUCAGCGGUUCGAGACCAACUCAGUUUCUCUUUCAUUUAGCUUGGACUGGUUUGUAAACAUGGAGCAGCCAGCCAGUGUCAACUCAGAUCCUCUUCAGCGACUUGACGGUACCGGUCGUUGCGUACAAAUCCGCAACUGGAUUGGAUUUUGGCUCCUCGGUUUGUGCAACAACUUUGCUUAUGUGGUGAUGCUGAGCGCCGCACAUGACAUUCUCGAGAAACAAGAGUCACGAAAUGAAACGGCGUCUACUUCAGCCUCACUGCACGUGGACUUCCAAGUUGGGAACAGUAGCAACAGUAGCAUCUAUGACUGCAACCCUGUCUCUACUGCGGUAAAUAAAGAAUUCCUGUUCUUUUAUCCCAGCAUUCGAGUGUUGUUCUGUGCCAUCAUGGCAGCAACGAGUUUCCUCCUGGUGUCCUUCUCCUCAGCUGUGUGGAUGAGUAUUCUCGGAGUGAUCUUUGCCAGUAUCAGCUCAGGACUGGGAGAGUUGUCCUUCCUCUCUCUAACAGUAUAUUUCAGCAGGAGUGUACUGGAAGGCUGGGGCUCAGGCACUGGUGCUGCUGGUCUUAUUGGAGCCCUCCUUUACUCAGUCCUCAUCCAAGCUGGCCUUUCACCACAGGUUACACUGCUUAUCAUGCUGGUCGUCCCAGUCACUAUGGUGGCAAGGCAGCUGAAACUUACAGACAAAAUGAUUUGUCGUCUUCUUCAUCCCAACAAUUUUACCAGCUAUUUCUGCCUGCUGGUUUUUCCACCUUCAUUACCUCAGUGGAGGACCAAGGAGACUGAGUAUGCAGCUUUGGUCUCUGAGGACAGACAGCAACUUCUGGACAGUUCAGACGAGGAGGAGCCCGAGAGCUCCACCACAGAGGACCAACCCACUGGGCCUCUCAGUUUCAGAGAGAGACUGUUUGUUAUCAGAGGCUUGUGGAGGUUUGUGCUUCUACUGGGAGUGGUCUACUUAACCGAGUAUUUCAUCAACCAGGGUUUGAUGGAACUCCUGUUCUUCCACAAUAUUUUCCUGACCCAUGCAGCUCAGUAUCGCUGGUAUCAGACUCUGUACCAGCUUGGUGUACUGCUCUCUCGAUCCUCUCUGCACUGUGUGAAGAUCAGGAGAGUGUGGAUUCUCAGUGGUCUGCAGACGCUGAACGCUGUGUUUCUUCUGUUAGCUGUACGUUACCUGUUCCUGCACACUGUUUGGUUGGUGUUCGCUUUUAUCCUCUAUGAGGGUCUCCUGGGUGGAGCAGCAUAUGUCAACACCUUCCACUUCAUCAGCAAGGAGACUGAAGACAGACACAGGGAGUUCUCCAUGGCUGCUGCCAGCAUUGGAGACAGCCUGGGCAUAACUGUGGCUGGACUCAUAUCUCUUCCUGUCCACACUUACUUCUGUUCAUUAUAACCAAGCCCACACACUGACCAGCACGAUGAGUAAGCAAAACGUGGGUGCGUUCGAUUUUUAAAUCCGAACUGGGUUAGAGACAAAAAGCAGACAUUACAUAAAAAUAUCAAUAUAAAGUCUUUGACUCCACAUCCUGUACUUGCUGCAUAUUUAUAGAUAACAGCAAGUGAACUAUAUAGAAAGUCCAGAGUCCACAAAAGUGUUUUUUACCUUCAGCCAGAGAUCAAAUAAUAUCAAUAACAUCCUACCUACGAUCACAGAAGGUAAACCUGAAACAGAUCAGUGAAACCGAUAGGCCAGAAAAUAUUGUCUUGUUUUGAUGAACAGUUUCUUUGUGGUUUUCCUUCAUGAAAAACCUUCCAGUGGUUCACAGAACAAAAGCUUUCAAUGUGAAACAAGAUCGGGAUAUAUUUCAAUUUGACAUAAUGAAUAAAAGAAAUAUAAAUGCAAUACAUUUUAAAGUCACAGAAGAGGAGAUGUCAUUUCAGUAAGUUUACUGUGUUUUAAUUGUGGUAACUAAAGAGUCAUCUUUAAGUAUAAAGUAUCUCUGAGCUGUGACCAGGCAGCCAGUAUCGUGUAGGAAAUCCCUCCACACCAACCUUCAACGCUAAGAUUUACCUUAAAAUCUAAACUGUUAUUCUACUGACCUUCAUUUUAACAUUAACUCCUCAAACUGAACUCUGGGUUCAGAAACAGUUCUAUGAAUGUCUACUCAGCUAGGAUGUGCCAUUACUAUUUUCAAACUAUUUUAAAAGUCAGAGAGCUCAGUCAUUGAAUGCUGCAAUUAAAUUUUUGGGAGGUGAAAUUAUAAAACUAUUGCUUUCAGGGGGCAAAGAAAGCUCAGUAGGUAGAGUGGUUGCCCCAUGAUCGGAAGGUUGGGGGUUUGAAUCCACUGAACAGCUACCCUGACCAAGGUACUGCUCCCUGGGCACUAGAUUGGUGGCUGCCCACUGCUUCACUGAGUGAAUGGGUUAAAUGAGAGGAAUUUUCCCACGGUGAUCAAUAAAAUAUACAUUAUUAUUAUUAUUUGAAGAAACUGUGAGUAAAUAUAAUGCUGAAGCCUGAUGGCUCUCACUAAGUGCCUUCUAUAAUAAGUGCCUUCUAUAGUUAAGAGUUUAAUUCAUGUUAAUAAAUAGCAGAGAUUAUUUUUGUAUUUCAGUUGUAGUCAAACGUUUGCAAACACUCAUCGUAGAAAUGAAUCUGAAAUUUGGGAUUUUCAUUAUUUUUUUGACAUGACUAUAGGUGACUUCAAUCUUACUGAAAGAUUGUGGACUAUGCGUAAAAUCCAGCUUGGUACCAGGAAACCAAGAGAAGAAUAAUGGUCAAAUAUAACGUCAGAAUCAUGCCUGAUUGAGGUGGAAAUUUUUCCAAAAUAAAUUCAACCAUGUGCAUCCAAUUCUCAUUUUCAAAGUCUUUUGUUUUUGCAGAUGCUGUAAAAUCAUUCCUCUCUGGGAAGAAAACAAUUCAAAGAAAUGAUUAAAGUCCAAAAUUACCAUGACAUUCAUGUCCAUGAUGAGUGUAUGUAACAAAGCGAGCAAAAAUGCCUUCUAUUAUAGUUUUUAAUACCAGGAGAGCAUUCGGAGCUUUAAAAUGCCACUUCUUUCAGAUUUGUACAAAAACAAUGUCACACACAGAUUUGUUUUUGUGAUGUUUAUCGUGUGCAACUUGACAUAAUUUUGCUUAGCUGUGGCUUCUCUGAUUCUAAUGAAAGACUGCUUGUUAAACUGUGGCACAGUUAGUCACUGCAGGUGGAGCACAGAACACCUGGGAAUGGCUGAGAUGUGAAACAAAGUUGAUUUUAAUAUUUUUGUUGUAAAAUAAAGAAAAUAGAGGUUGCUCAUGCCGUCAUGCUGACAUGUAUUUUACUAAAAUUCUUGGAAGCACUUUUGUCAUUUUUUGUAACAUUGUGGGCUGUUGAAUUUGUUUUCUUUUCUUGGAACGCAGUUUAUGUCCUUAAAUACUUGAUUCAUGUGUCCUGUUUUCUCCUGAACACUCAAACGCAGACCAACAGUCCUACUGACAUUCUAAUGACCACAUAAAGCUAAUGCUAAUGCUUAACUGGAAGAACCUUGUUACAACAUAAUAUUGUUUUUUAAUCUUCUGCUUGCUUCAAAUCAAAUUUUACAGGAAAUCAGAAAUGAGGUUCACUUUGACUUUGUUAGCUUGCCAGUUAGCUACAAACAUGUGGUUGUCCUUUCUUGCGCAGAGAGCCGUGAUAUUUCUAAUUGUACCGAUUUUUUUCUUUGAUAUAAAGUGUAUGUGUCAUAAA